AUCUUGGUCCCAGGGGCAGUUGGCGGAAGAGACCGCGCUCCCCGGACGCCGACUUGUCUUCUGGAGUUCUCCCUGGCCGCGUCUUGGCGUCUGCUCUCGGCUCGAGAUCCGUUUGCCGGCGUCCCGCUUGCCCUCCUCGCCUGGCCGGGGCGCAGCGGGGCGGCUCUUUCUCCUGACGGCGGUCCAUGGAGUAGCGUCCCGGACCGUUGUCCCGAAGAGCUAGAUCGAGCUGGGCCCCCUUCCCCCUCCCUUGUCCCUCCCUCCCUCCUUCCGCCGCAACAUGGCUAACAACAGCCCGGCGCUGACAGGCAACUCGCAGCCGCAGCACCAGGCGGCCGCGGCCGCGGCCCAGCAGCAGCAGCAGUGCGGCGGCGGGGGCGCCACCAAGCCGGCCGUCUCCGGCAAGCAGGGCAACGUGCUGCCGCUGUGGGGCAACGAGAAGACCAUGAACCUCAACCCCAUGAUCCUGACCAACAUCCUGUCGUCGCCGUACUUCAAAGUGCAGCUGUACGAGCUCAAGACCUACCACGAGGUGGUGGACGAGAUCUUCUUUAAGGUCACACAUGUUGAACCAUGGGAGAAAGGGAGCAGGAAAACAGCUGGCCAGACAGGGAUGUGCGGAGGGGUUCGAGGUGUUGGAACAGGAGGAAUUGUUUCUACUGCCUUUUGCCUAUUGUACAAAUUAUUUACUCUAAAGUUAACUCGUAAACAAGUGAUGGGUCUUAUAACACACACAGACUCUCCAUAUAUUAGAGCCCUUGGAUUUAUGUAUAUAAGGUAUACACAACCCCCUACAGACCUGUGGGACUGGUUUGAAUCCUUCCUCGAUGAUGAAGAGGACCUAGAUGUGAAGGCUGGUGGUGGCUGUGUGAUGACAAUCGGGGAGAUGCUGCGGUCUUUUCUCACAAAGCUCGAAUGGUUUUCUACCUUGUUCCCGAGAAUUCCAGUUCCAGUUCAGAAGAAUAUUGAUCAACAGAUUAAAAGUCGACCUAGGAAAAUCAAGAAAGAUGGCAAGGAAGGUGUUGAGGAAAUAGAAAGACAUGUUGAACGCAGACGUUCAAGAUCUCCCAGGAGGUCACUGAGUCCACGGCGGUCCCCAAGAAGAUCAAGAAGUAGAAGUCAUCAUCGAGAGGGCCAUGGGUCUUCUAGUUUUGACAGAGAAUUAGAAAGAGAGAAAGAACGUCAGCGACUAGAGCGUGAAGCCAAAGAAAGAGAGAAAGAAAGGCGAAGAUCCCGAAGUAUUGAUCGAGGGUUAGAUCGCAGACAUAGCAGGAGUAGAGAAAGGCAUAGAAGUCGCAGUCGAAGUCGUGAUAGAAAAGGGUAUAGAAGGGACAGGGAUCGGGAAAGAGAGAAAGAAAAUGAGAGAGGUAGAAGACGGGAUCGAGACUAUGAUAAGGAAAGAGGUAAUGACAGAGAAAAGGAAAGAGAUCGAUCAAGAGAACGGUCCAAGGAACAGAGAAGUAGGGGUGAAGUAGAGGAGAAGAAACAUAAAGAAGACAAAGAUGAUAGGAGGCAUAGAGAUGAAAAAAAAGAUUCCAAAAAGGAGAAAAAACACAGUAGAAGUAGAAGUAGAGAAAGGAAACAUAGAAGUAGGAGUAGAAGUAGAAAUGCAGGGAAACGAAGUAGAAGCAGGAGCAAAGAGAAAUCAAGUAAACAUAAAAAUGAAAGUAAAGAAAAAUCAAAUAAACGAAGUAGAAGUGGCAGUCAAGGAAGAACUGACAGUGUCGAAAAAUCAAAGAAACAGGAACAUACCCCCAACAAAGAAAAAUCUAGAAAGCGUAGCAGAAGCAAAGAACGAUCCCACAAACGAGAUCACAGUGAUAGUAAGGACCAGUCAGACAAACACGAGCGACGGAGGAGCCAAAGUAUAGACCGAGAGAGCCAAGAAAAACAGCAUAAAAACAAAGACGAGACUGUGUGAAGAUUUUUGUAAAAGUGGAUCAUAUUGAAUCCUAUGAAUGUUUGAUUAAAUCUGCUUUUUCUUUUUUCCAAGUUGAGAUUGUGCCGUAGUUACACACUCUUCAAGCUCCCUAUUUUAGGAUGCGUUUUCAUUCUUUUGUGUAGGGAAGUGCCUUUGUAAUCCCGUUUAUUGCAUUGAUGUUUCACCCAGAUGUUGAGUUUGCUACAUGAUGCACAGAUUGUUCUUGCAUUUUUAUUGUUUUUAAAAUGUACAGUCUGUACAUAUGUCCUGAAAAUGUUUUAAUUCUUUUGGCAUGGUUGCCAUGUUGGUUAAAUUUGUAUAAGGCAAUAAACUGCCACUAAUUCUAUUUUUGUUUUGUAGGUGUGGGGUUAUGGUUUGUUGUACUGAAGUUAGCAUGGCUGUGCUUUUCAUAAUAGAAUGCUAAAGACUUUAGGAAUGGAUCUUGGAUGUCUUACUAUAGGAGAAUUACGUGCUUUCGAUGUACAUGAAGGCAGCAGUUCUAGGAUUAACAUUCUUGUCCACUGUAUAUUAUCUUGAAAGGCUCUUGUUAAUAUGUUAUACUUAAUAUUCUCCACAGUUAACUUUAGAGAGAACUUACGAAACUUUACGGAUGCAGAGGUUUAAAUUAGGCUGUGAUUUGAUCAAAAGUCCUUUUAGCAUUCUACCUCAAAGGGACACUGUUAGUAUGCCUAAAUUUUAUUUAGUUUUCCCUUUUUUUAUUUGGAAAAACUACAUGACAUGUAAUUUUUUCGUUCUUGAAUUCUUCCUCAGAUUUUUAAAGUACUAUAUUAAAUGUCUAAAGCCUAGCAUUCUUGCAACAACCUAUACUAACGUAAUCGGGAGAGGGUGGGGCAGAUGAGUAGACGAACAGAUUCAAGCCUCAAGCUUCCAAAGCAUUUUUAUAAGUGGAAAUACCUAAAUUAUGAAACGGCUUGAUAGAGUGUCCUUUUUUUUAAAUUCAAAACUUUUUUUGAUAAUGAAGGUUGCUGUUUGAGUUUUUAAACUUACUCUAGUCAAGUAUUAAAAGUAAUGCUAUGCUGCAUUAUUUAAGACUAUCAGCAAAUUAUUUGAUAGAUUGUUCUUAUGACUUGUAUUCUGAUGACAGAACCAUCAUGAGUGUGGAAUAAAUACUGGAUUAAAUCCUU